GUGCUCUGCUGGGCUGCGACAGCCAGGACGGGGUUUCCGUGGGGGUUUCUCCCUUGAAUCCCCCUCUGGAAAAGGAGCUGUGCAGCGAGGAGGCUCCGAGCCUGCAUGUCCCAAGAGCACCCGCUCAAGGAGGCGAAGGGGGACGUGGUUUGCUUCGUACCUGGCUCGCCUCUCUUCUCCGUCCUCAUGGAGCCGGCGCCUUUCUGCUACCCUCGGCUCACGUUUCUCCGCUCGCCCUAUGGCCAGUUCGGGGCCAGCGCCGACACCGCGCAGAGCUUGGCCCCGUGGCCCCAGCGCUUGGUGACAAGGUGGACCGGGGCCACGGAUGAGUCUCCACCAGCAGCGAUGUCAAGAAAUGGAUACUUCUUUGAAGAGAGUGGGUACCUCAAGUGCGACACGGACGAUGGCUGCGAGGCCAAGGAGGAGGCGGGGGGCGAGGAGCUCUUCGACACGGUGAACUCCUCCAUCGUCUCGGGCGACAGCAUCCGCUUCUUCGUCAACGUCAACCUGGAGGUGCCGCCCAACGUUGCUGCUGAAAAUGAAAGUGCUGGCUGCGUGCUACUACACACAUCAAGAAAGUACCUGAAGUUAAAGAAUUUUGAGGAGGAAGUCAGAGCCCACAGAGACCUGGAUGGGUUCUUGGCCAGAGCCAGCAUCAUCCUUGAUGAAACGGCAACCUCCUUGGAUGACGUUCUUCGAGAGAUGCUGAAACAUUUUGCUGAAGAUCCUGAUAACACGGAGCCAAGCUGCAACUUUGAAAAAAUCAUGAGCACUUUAUUCACAGAUUCAGGGACCCCCCGAGAAGGGAAUGGCACCCAUGACGUUUCAGAGCCAACAGGAAUGAAUAAACAAACAUGUACAUCGCACCUCAAAUUUCAUCUCCUAUCAGAUACAAUUCAAGGGGUCACAGCGACAGUCACGGGGGUGCAGUAUCAGCAGUCCUGGCUCUGUAUCAUUUGCACUAUAAAGUCCCUUCAGCGACGUCAUGUUUGCAUCAGCCGCCUGGAGAGGCCUCAGAAUUGGGGUGAAAAUUCCUGCGAAGUGAGAUUUGUGAUAUUAGUCCUGGCUCCUCCUAAAAUGAAAAGUACCAAAACAGCCACAGAAGUGGGCCGGACCUUUGCCACGAUGUUUUCAGACAUAACCUUUCGGCAGAAGCUUCUAGAAACCAAAACUGAAGAGGAGUUCAAGGAAGCCUUAGUCCACCAACGCCACUUGCUCACGGUGGUGAAUCAGAGACCCUCGGCAAUGAGCGACGGGCAUAAGUCGCACAGCCCUAAGCCGCUCAAGCUGCAUGAGUUUCUCAAUGUUGGCAAGGGGAUUUCUGAUGACAUUGCACGAAGACUUCCAGUGUACGCUUUGGACUUCACUGACGGUGUUAUUGGAAACAACAAGGCUAUAGGAAAAUAUAUCACAACCAUGAUCUUUCUGUAUUUUGCCUGCCUCCUUCCAUCUAUUGCAUUUGGGUCGCUCAAUGAUGAAAAUACCAGAGGAGCUAUUGAUGUGCAGAAGACGAUCGUUGGCCAGUGUAUCGGAGGGCUGCUUUAUGCGCUGUUUUCGGGGCAACCUUUAGUUGUACUCCUAACUACAGCUCCCUUAGCACUCUACAUUAAUGUCAUCAGAGGAAUUUGUGAUGACUACAACUUGGAUUUUAGUGCUUUCUAUGCCUGGAUUGGACUAUGGAACAGCUUUUUCCUUGUGAUGUACUCCCUCUUUAAUUUCAGUCUUCUGAUGAAGCUCUUUAAAAGGUCAACAGAAGAAAUAAUUGCACUUUUUAUAUCCAUCACGUUUGUGCUUGAUGCCAUCAAAGGCAUUACUAAAGUUUUUAAGAAAUAUUACUACCAUGGGCGCACAGGAGACAGUUACUUGGAAAAAGCACGAAUUGAUGCUAUUCCAAGCCUCGGCAUCAAUACCACCUUCUUGAUGAAUUCAUCAGUGAGCAGAUCCUUGUCCCUAGAGAAUCAAACAGGCACUCAUGAUGUGCAUUAUGGACGUGAAACUGCCGUCCUUAGUCUCAUGUUGAUGUUGGGUACCCUUUGGCUUGGUCAUACGCUCUAUCAGUUUAAGAAAAGCCCGUAUUUGCAUGCAAGAGUCCGUGAAAUUCUGUCUGACUGUGCCUUACCGAUUUCAGUUCUGACUUUCUCUCUUGUGGGCUCCUAUAUCUUCAAGGAAAUAGAAAUGUCCAAAUUUAACUACAACCCGUCCGAGAGCUUGUUCGUGCUGGCCCCGGUCCGGUCCCUCUCCAUCGGGUCGGUGAUGAGUGCCAUGGGGCUGGGAUUCCUCCUCUCGAUGCUGUUCUUCAUAGAGCAGAAUAUCGUGGCCUCGCUCACAAACGCCCCGGAGAACAGGUUGGUGAAGGGAACGGCCUAUCACUGGGACCUCCUGCUUGUUGCACUGAUCAACACGGGGCUGUCCAUCUUCGGCCUGCCGUGGAUCCAUGCUGCCUUCCCUCAUUCCCCAAUGCAUGUCCGUGCUCUGGCCUACGUGGAGGAGAGGGUAGAAAAUGGACACAUCUAUGAGACGAUUGUGAGUGUGAAGGAGACCCGACUGACAAGCCUAGUGGCCAACUUCUUGGUUGGCCUCUCGUUCCUGCUCCUCCCUUUCCCUCUUCAGUGGAUCCCGAAGCCAGUCCUCUACGGCCUCUUCUUAUACAUUGCACUGACCUCCAUCGAUGGGAACCAGCUCUUUGAGAGGGUGGCUCUCCUGCUGAAAGAACAGACUGCUUAUCCUCCGACACAUUACAUCCGCAGAGUGCCCCAGAGGAAGAUCCACUAUUUCACUGGCUUGCAGGUCCUGCAGCUCCUCAUCCUCUGUGGGUUUGGCAUGUCACCGUUGCCCUACAUGAAGAUGAUCUUCCCACUCAUCAUGAUAGGAAUGAUCCCAAUCAGGUAUAACCUGCUCCCUAGGAUCAUUGAAGCCAAGUACUUAGAUGCUAUGGAUGCAGAGCAUUAAAUAGGAUCCGCCGCACACAGAACCACGAAGACAGCCCUUUCGGAGUUGAAAAGACAGGGUGGCUUUGCUGAGGCGUAGAACAAUCUAUCUGCAGUUCUUUCUUUCACCACUUUCUUUCUGCUCUAAUGUGGCAUUGGUAAUGCACAAAUAUUAAAGACCAAUUGAGCGUUGAAGUGUCAGACCAAAACAGCCUUGGAAUUGGAGGCCGAUGCUCUUCAGAGCUUUGAGACAAGGAAGCUUUAUGGAAAUGUUACUGUCUACAUCCCAAAACUGGAAACCCCAAAGAUCAGCAUGUUUGCACAGUUGGAGCAUGCAUUCCUAGAGUUGUCAUGUAUUCCCUUGUUUGAGGGGUAGGGGGAAUCCCUUUUAUAUGCACCACAUUCCUCUUUUUUUCCAAAACACUAUUGAUGUAUAAGGACAACAGCUGACCCUUUUACAGAAUGAUAAUGCUGUUCUGGCCUUUGAAUUCAGUUUGUGUCCAGUAUUCCCAAAUUGGUAUUCCAGGUGGGAUGGCCUCAUGGUAAGCCACUGAUGUCAGGAGAGGUGUGGCCAUCUCUUCAGACUGAGUAGUGGAAGGGCUGGAAACUGAUUUAAUUUGGACUAAAAAUCCACAGCUUUGAGUAUUCAGUUCCUACAAAGGAGCUGGAAAUGUUCAGGGGUUGGGCUCACAUGGUGAUGCAUCUGGGUCUAAGCUAUUUGGGAAUUACUUUGAAUCUUUCUACCAUUACUGCUCAGUAAUUGAAUAUGGAAGUGUGGUUUUGCACAACUGCAGUGUUCUUGCAUGCUGAGUCAGAUGCUGAGAUUUGUCAAAGUGCGGUUGUGUUAAUGAUUGCAUAUACAUAUGUACAGUAGUGCCUAUGUGUACAUAUAUACAUAUGGAUUUGUGUAUAUAUUUUGCAUAGAUAUACAAAUAGGCCUGAUUCUUUCAAAAUAUCAGAAGUGUUUUGUGCAAUCAGUGUUACCUGUGAUGUCUUGACCAUACACUUGUUCUUUGCUUCAGUGCUGCUUUUUCUCAUUUGAGAUAUGGUCACUUUUUUUUUCCCCUCCCAUUUUGAAGCUGCUCAGUUACUGGUUUUGUUCAUAUGUUGCUUUAUUCAAGGUUUUUUUGCUUUCUUUCCAUGGCUUUUGAGACCAUCAUUCUGUCUUGAUGCUCCGACAUGUGAACUUUGCAUUUAAUUUUAAUGUACAGCAUGUAAUGAAAGUUUCCUCUUGCCUAAUCAAUAGUUGUUGGUCAUUUCAUUGUUUUGUAGCUAAGCUCCUGUUUUUUCCAUGCUCCCAGACAUUAUAUUAUAUUUCUGGAUGAAUCUAACUUCUGCUGUCUCUUAUAUUUCAGUUUGUUUAAUUUUGCUUGUACUAUGGUCAGUUUUCUUAUUUGAAGUACUGUGAAACAAGCUGUCUUAGUUCAGUGCUUUCCCUUUGCUGCACACUACAGGCCACGGGUAAAGUGUUAAGUAAAAGGUGGAGCUCUGAAGGUAAUGAACCUUCAAAACAGCAGAAAUGAGGAAAGGGGAAUAUAAAAAUGAAAUGCAAAUAUGGCGGAUUAGCACAGAGAAGUUUUUCUUGUCGAUUGCCCAGAAAGUGGUAGAGUCUUAGCAUGUGCACUAGUGAUUAGGUGGCUUUCAGCGUGUUGGAGAGGACCAACUUUGUAAUGAGAGAGGAAGGCUUUAGGGAAAAUGCUCAUAUGCUGAAACUAAACCGGAUUCAGGCCACUGAAGAUGUAGUGUAUUUGCACUAAGUAUCAGAUAGUAUUUCAUCAUAAUGUACUCACAGUUUUAACCCAUGUAUCAAGAAUGAAAUCUUCAGUUUCUGCUGAAAACUCUUGAUCUUUAUAUCAACUUUUAAUGAGGGGGAGCAGUCGGUGUCCCUAAGAACAUGCCCUUCUGGCUACGGUUAAUAUGUCACAGAGCAAUCACAGGAGAAAUCUCUCUACUUUCUUAGCAAGCAAAGCAGCACUGUGUGACCUUGAAAUCAUGACCUUUAUAUUGCCCCAGCCAACUCCUGUGGGACUGAGAAGGCUGUGCAUGAGGGUGGCCACCAAAGUGCACCAAAUUGGGAAAUGCCAAGUAUUUGGGUUUCAGUCAAAAAGUCUUGGAGGUUGCAGGGGUAACUCAUGCCAUGUCCAGCACAUUGCAUGAAAGUUAGGUGUAAAUCGGUAUGUGAUUUCUAAGCACCUUGGUCAGUGUUUUCUAGCUUUUGAGUCAGAUCCAUGGUGAGAUCGUUAAUAGCAGUUGCCAGGAUCUAUGUGUCGAAAUGGAAGGUUGAACUGUCAGGAGACAGGAUUUGGGGUUGAGGUGGUGAAUGUAUGUCUGAUCUCCAGUCAACAGAAAGAACAAGUGACAGCAAACAGCUGGAUACUCGUCGUAAGGCAGGGAAUGCAAAGGCAUGAUGCUUAAAAUAAGCUUUUAGCUGGAUGUCAAAGGAUUAACCAAAGGUCCUUGAAUGGAAAGUGGCAUCUUCAGGUUGAGUGAACUAUUAAAUACAGGUGUCCUGGUGGUGUGGUGUUUGUGCCUGAGCUUUUGGUAAGCAGAAGCAGUCAGUCACCCUGUGGACUCAUUUAAAUCAUACCAUGGCUGCAGGAAGGAGAGGACAUGCCAGAGGGAGCAUAGCUGUGGUUUUCUUUGAGGAAGGGCCCGGAGUCUGGGUGAAAUUCCCUGCAGCACAGAGCAUGGGGGGAAGUAAUGAUGUGCAGGUCUUUCUGAAGGAAAUAGUUUUGAGAUGGGCCCUCUCUUGGAAGAACCAAAAAAUGCCCCUAUUUAAAGCCUCUCUGAAAACAAACAUCAAUCUUGAGUAGUGUCAAAUGCUGGUAAAUAAUCUGAUUUAAAACCCAGAUAGCUGGGGCUGUCAUGAUGAGAGGGAUAAAUAACUGUUAGAACUUUGUAGCUUUAUCAGUAUGACUUUAGCAUUGUAUGUUCUUUGUAGCAUCAAUAGGAUUGUUUUGCAGGGGUUUUUUUCCUACAGAAAUCAUGGGCCAAAGAAUCAACUGACGGACUGGAAAAAUCAGCACAACUCAGGAAAAGCAGCUGUGCUGACUUGGACUGGUUGAGCGUUUUGACCCAUGUUUCAGUAUAUGGGUAGUAGGGAAAUAGAUGACUCGAUGCCUCUUGGAUCACAUAAGGGAUUGCAAUGAUUCCACAGAGGAUUUUUCAUAGAAAUACCUUUUCUCUUCUUGUUUGUUUCUGGUUUUGCUGACUGAAGUGUAGGCUUUUCCAGGAAGUAGGCUACCUAGGGCAGGAAUUUGUUCACAGAGUUAACUCAGCACUUUAAUACUUCUGUGAAGGUUGAGACAGUUAGAAUGUAAAAAGUUUUAUUGUAAGCUCUUUAUAUACGCACAAUGUUAUGUAUAAAUAUUGCCAAAGAAUUGGAUUUGAAAGAUGUUAAUUGCUAUUAAGGGAGCCCAUAUUCACCUGGAACCACAAGGUAGUAAAAUACUUCUGAAAUCAGUGAAUUUUAGAAGUCACCUUUGAGAGCUGCCAAAACUAUCAGAAACUGGGGAUGUGAUAAAUUUCUACACUCAGAUCUAGUUUCUGAUCCUUGCACUGAAUGUAGGAGCUACCAGUUAGCUUGACAAUUAAAAUGGGAUUUAUACCUGAGUAAUUUUGUUGGUGUGAGACUUAUUUCGUUGCCUUCAAAAAUUCUGUUGAUACACUAUGUAUGGAAAUAUGUUUCUCCAUGUAAAUUAAGGAAACUUGGUGAAGUACAGACUGCUGAACAGGCAAUGUAGCACUUUCUGGAUUGCUUAGAAAGCAAAUCUGACAACUUCAGUAACAACAACCCCCCCCAAAUUCUCUGGUGUCAACUUUGAAACUAUUAAUAAAUGUCAAACUCAAGUUGGAUAUGCAUCAAUGCAUCACUGCAGAGGGAUGGGGAUGGAAUAAAUGAAUUCAACUGGCUUGCUUCAGAGAUGCCAUCUGGUGAAAAGCUUCAGGAUGAAUCCAAUAACUGUGGGACAUGAUGCACAAUUCCUGAUGAACUUUGUGAAUUAGGAUACUCUGAAAACAAGUAUGGUAGCUGGUCAUGUUUCUGUAUACCAUAGGUCAAGCUAUUGUCCCCAAAAUACCCAUGUCCUCAGCUCUAGCAACAGACUGAAACUGUUUUGUAGACUUCUUCAUAUUGCAUUUGGCUGCUUUAGAAACUGCUGCU